AAAAGCGGGUGCGCUCGCACGGACAGGAGUACAACAACAAGCGGGAAGUCGGUGCUGCUCGUAGACCAAAAAGAAGAAACAAACAAAAACCUCAACACAGACGCCAGCAUGCAGGCGACAAAGAACGGAUUUUGUUGGAGACUUUUUCUAUUUUCCGGCGUAUUUUUGGCGAGUUUAUGUCAAGACUUUGCGGGACAGACGCAGUUCAUUUGCACGUCCGUACCCAAGGAUAUGGACAUAUGCGCAGCCACGUUGCAGAACAGCGUGCCAGGAGAGGACUUGAAGACCACUGUUAUGCAGCUGCGGGAGACAGUUUUGCAGCAGAAAGAGACGAUAAUUAACCAAAAAGAGACUAUUAGAGAACUGACCUCGAAGUUGGCUCGGUGUGAGAGCCAGAGUGGCGCAGAACCCGGGGACGCGCGUCCCGGGGGCAGAAGGAAAGAAGGGGGGACCAAAAACACUAUGGGAGAUGUAUCGAGGGGCCCCGCUGAUACUUUGACGCAGCUAUCACAGACUUUACAAUCGUUGAAGCAGAGGCUGGAAAAUUUGGAGCAAUUCAGCAGAAGUAACAACUCGGUACAGGCGAACAGCCUGAAAGACCUGCUCCAAAGUAAGAUCGACGACUUAGAGAAGCAGGUGUUGUCCCGAGUGAACAGCAUCGAGGAGGGGAAGCCCGGACUCCGAAAUGAGACGGAGCAACGUGGGAGAGUGGAGUCCACCCUCACGUCCCUACACCAGAGGAUCUCUGACCUGGAAAAAGGUCAGAGAGAAAACAGACCACUAGAUAAAUUCCAGUUAACAUUUCCACUGAGAACCAACUACAUGUAUGCAAAAGUGAAGAAGAGUUUGCCGGAGAUGUAUGCCCUUACUGUGUGCAUGUGGCUGAAGUCCAAUGCCUCUCCUGGAGUGGGAACACCUUUUUCCUAUGCUGUUCCUGGUCAGGCUAACGAGCUGGUCCUCAUAGAGUGGGGAAACAACCCAAUGGAGAUACUAAUAAAUGACAAGGUUGCAAAGCUGCCUUUUCUUAUCAAUGAUGGAAAGUGGCAUCAUAUCUGUGUGACCUGGACAACUCGUGAUGGUGUUUGGGAAGCUUUCCAAGAUGGUGUCAAGAGGGGUAGUGGAGAAAAUUUAGCUCCAUAUCAUCCCAUCAAACCACAGGGCCUGCUGAUCCUUGGCCAGGAGCAGGACACGUAUGGGGGAGGAUUUGACGCCACACAAGCUUUUGUUGGAGAUCUGGCAAAUUUCCACAUCUGGGAUCGUAAACUGUCUGUGGGAGAGAUUUAUAAUCUGGCAACCUGCAGCAGCAAAGCUCAAGUGGGCAACGUUUUUGCGUGGAUGGAGACAAGCCUUGAUAUUUACGGAGGUGCCUCGAAGUGGACAUUUGAAGCUUGUCGUCAACUGAACUGAGCAGCAGGGAAGACAGACCCAGAGUGUCUGCAAAAGAUACGGUUGUCACGGCAUCGGUAAACACAUUCGAAAGGUCAAGAGGAGAUUGUCGCAGUCGAGUACCGUCUGGAAUUUUGUUAUAGAUAUUUGAAAAUAGAAUUUGUGGACGAUUUGAUAGAUUUUUACCAGAUUUCUCAUGUGGGAGAAGUCACUGAAAAGAGUCACUUUGGCAUCCUGUGGUGCUUGAAUGCACAUCAGGUUUAAUUUGUGGUUUUCUUUGAAAAAGCUGGCGAUGCCACCCCCGAGAGCAGAGGUCGCUCUGAGAGAGCAAAUUGAGGAACCAACAUCAGACAUACAGUAGGAGGUCAUGUAGUUUUUAGAAAACAGAUGUCACGCUAUUCAACAAAAUGACUGACUUCUUCAAAUGUCCUUUUUUUUUUGUCUCGACUGCCAGGAAUUUUCACUGUGAAAAAGGGCAGAGUGGACUUUUUCAAAAGGAAGGUGUUCUUCAAGAGGUUAAGAAAAAUAAAAAAAAGACAACAUUGUUUCUCUGUCACUCCUCUUUCUCUACCACCACCUGCUUGACGUGAUUUUGUGUGAAGAAUGACGUAUAUUCAUUGCCAACAUUUGAGCCUGAGUGCCUUGGGCUGUUGAAAAGUAUCUCAGCACAUUCAUCGUCCUUUGCAGAGUGUUUGUGCUUUUGUGUUUAUUUUCUAGUGAAUUAUUAUCAAAAAAAGGUGUUUGUCAUAACACUUUUUGGAUGAGGCUGGAAAAGAUUGUUUAAUGUGAAAUGCAAUUCAUUGAUGACAAUGGCGCGUUUUACAGUUGCUUGAACUUCAGCAGGAAUGUUCUCUGUACAGUAACAGCAUGUCUUAACUUCUGUAAUGCUGCGUCAGCAUCUCUGAUCUUUGCUUUUACUAUCCUACUUUUAGGUUGAGGUUUUAUACUGUAUUGUUAUACGCUUAAAGCAUGGCAACACUGACAGAAAGAAAAAAAAGUUCUAGUUUUUGUAAUAAAUUGUGAUACUUGAA